GUGACUGAGAUCACGUGGCCCGACGUUCAUUUUUUUUUCUCGCUCCCUUCCUCUUCUCCCGGCGGUCGCCUCGUCCUUCGUCGUCGUGUGCAGCAGGACACGAUCAUGUUGAGCGUCGUGGGAAGAGCUUGCUCGAGCAUCUUGAAGUCGGCCAAGCCGGCCGUUUCCCUCGCCAAAGUCAGUGGCAUCAAUUCGAGGCUAAUCCCAGCGCUAUGCACCACACAGCCGGAGAGCCGGCGUCAUGCUGCCGCCCAGGCCAAGGCCAAGGUGGGCAACGGCCAGAUCGUGGCCGUGAUUGGUGCUGUGGUGGACGUACAGUUUGAAGACAACCUCCCGUCCAUCCUCAAUGCCCUGGAGGUGGAGGGACGCAAGCCCCGCCUGGUGCUGGAAGUUGCCCAGCACUUGGGUGAGAACGUGGUCCGCACGAUUGCCAUGGACGGCACGGAGGGCCUGGUGCGGGGCCAGAAGGUGACGGACACGCAGUCUCCCAUCAUGGUGCCCGUGGGGCCCGAGACCCUGGGCCGCAUCAUGAACGUCAUCGGGGAGCCCAUCGACGAGCGGGGCCCCAUUCCCUCGGACAAGUUCCUCUCGAUCCACCAGGACGCCCCCGAAUUCGUCGAGAUGAGCGUGGAGCAGGAGAUCCUGGUCACCGGCAUCAAGGUCGUCGACCUGCUCGCCCCCUACUCUAAGGGAGGCAAAAUCGGCCUUUUCGGUGGAGCCGGCGUGGGCAAGACUGUGCUCAUCAUGGAGCUGAUCAACAACGUGGCCAAGGCCCACGGAGGUUACUCAGUCUUUGCGGGAGUCGGCGAGCGCACCCGCGAGGGCAACGACCUGUACCACGAGAUGAUUGAGGGCGGCGUCAUCAGUCUCAAGGACAAGACCUCCAAGGUGUCUCUGGUGUACGGCCAGAUGAACGAGCCCCCUGGCGCCCGUGCCCGUGUCGCUCUGACCGGUCUCUCGGUGGCCGAGUACUUCCGUGACCAGGAAGGACAGGACGUGCUGCUCUUCAUCGACAACAUUUUCAGGUUCACCCAGGCUGGCUCAGAGGUGUCCGCCCUGCUGGGGCGCAUCCCGUCGGCGGUGGGCUACCAGCCGACCCUGGCCACGGACAUGGGCACCAUGCAGGAGCGCAUCACGACCACCAAGAAGGGCUCCAUCACCUCGGUGCAGGCCAUCUACGUGCCAGCCGACGACUUGACGGACCCGGCCCCGGCCACCACCUUCGCCCACUUGGACGCCACCACGGUGCUGUCCCGGGGCAUCGCCGAGCUGGGCAUCUACCCCGCCGUAGACCCCCUAGACUCUACUUCCCGUAUCAUGGACCCCAACGUCGUCGGGCAGGAGCACUACGACAUUGCCCGUGGGGUGCAGAAAAUUCUACAGGACUACAAGUCUCUGCAGGACAUCAUUGCCAUCCUGGGCAUGGACGAGCUGUCUGAGGAGGACAAGCUGACGGUGUCCAGGGCCCGCAAGAUCCAGCGUUUUCUCUCCCAGCCCUUCCAAGUGGCCGAGGUCUUCACUGGCCAGGCCGGCAAGUUUGUGCCCAUCAACGAGACCAUCAGUGGCUUCAACCAGAUCCUGAAAGGUGAGCUGGACCACCUGCCUGAAGUGGCCUUCUACAUGGUGGGCCCCAUCGAGGAGGUGCACGAGAAGGCAGAGAAGCUGGCGGCAGAGGCUUCCUAAGCCCCUUCUUUCAUUCGGGAGGUGUACAGAAACUGCCAUAGCAUAGCCACUCAGCACUUUUUUUUUUCUCCUGUUUUUUUAUUUUUUUUAUGUAGCGCAAGUUGUGAAUGAAGGCGGAACUUACGCAAUAAAAAACAAGUCACAUCAA